AUCGAUCUCCCUGGCUUAAGUAAUCUCUCCGCUUGAACCUACUCGCCGAGUUCCACGCACCUUCUUCAUCAUGACCAGCUCAGCCACGCACGACAACAACCAACACCAGCAUCACCACCAUCAUCAUCAUGGAGCAGGCGCUGACGAGGAAGAACAGGAGGCCUUGUUCAAUGCUCUUACUGGGAGCUCUGAUAAAGGGAGCAGGGUCACCCUGAUGGGACUUGCUGCCAACAUUGCGUUGACAGCCGUGAAGGGUAUUGCGGGUUAUCUGCUGGCUUCAGCGUCCUUGAUCGCUGAUGCGGGCCACAGUCUGUCGGAUUUACUCGGCGAUUUAAUCACCCUAUUUGCCUGGAAUUGGUCCCGAAAACCUGCGGAUAAAGACUAUCCUUUCGGCCAUGGAAAAUUCGAGUCUGUUGGCUCAUUGAUCGUCGCUUUCUUCUUGAUUAGCGGAGGCUUUGGAAUUGGAUUACAUUCCUACACACUGAUACUGCCGAUCCUAUCGCGCCAGUUCCCAGGCCUAGCCUCGCAUCUGCCCACCUUUACAUCUGACCAUGGACACGACCACGAGGUGGAUAUCCGGGCUAGUUAUUUCGCCUUCCUGAGCAUCAUCGUCAAGGAGAGCCUCUAUCGAAUCACGUAUCAAGUCGGAAAAGCGGAAGACUCGAAGGUGCUUAUUGCUAAUGCUCUCCAUCAUCGAAGCGAUGCGUUUAGUAGCUUUGUGGCUCUUCUUGCAAUCAUAGGAAGUUGGUAUGGUUUGACGAUUCUUGAUCCGAUCGGUGGAUUUAUAGUAUGUUCGAUGAUCCUACGGAGCGGAUUAGCGAUAGGCAAGAGUUCAUUGGAAGAGUUACUAGACAAGCGAACGGACAAGUAUCUGGACCGCGAUGUGGAGAACAUUCUGCUGAGCAACCUAGCGAAGCUGGAGCAAGAGAAAUUCACGGUGACGGUGCAGGAUGUCAAGCAUCUCAAGAUCGGCCCCAAGGCUCUCGUCUUCUUGCACCUCGGCUUGACCCCACCAACCAAAACCUCGAAGUCCUCUGACGACGCUAUCCCUUUCUCCGAGUGGGUCGUCAUUCAGCAUAUGCUCUCUGGUCUCAUCCUUAAGGAAAUCAAGAACGUUAAGGACGUCUAUAUUCAGUUCAAAACUCUCUAGGACUCUAUAUAUAUACGUGUUACUUAUCAUAUCCCAUAGCAAAAUCCAUUUUCCUGAAAACCUCAUGUGGAAGUUCAUCUUUUGCGCUCCAUAUUUUUGUAUAAAUCUUUUCUGAUCAUCUCCUGAGGUCCUUGUUAUUGACUUUAUAUAGAAUAGCAGUCUUUUUUCUCCUAUCUCUCUCCAUCUUUUUUUUUUCUCUCUCUUGCUCUUCGACUUGUUUUGGGUACUUAUUGUUUCUGAUAUGGUAAAAAAGGUGUUUGGUAAAUGGAUUGCCUUACUAAGUGUAUAUUCCAUUACUAGGAGCAAUUUUAGAUGUCAUCAGGAGAAGGUAUGUUAGAC